UCGCUCAUUGUAUACCCGUUCUCCGACAUCCCCACUCUUCGUCCCCAAAGCCCAACCCUAACCACCACCACCGCUUGCUGCAAUGGCGGCGGCGGAGAAAGCUGAUGACGUGGCACCACCGGCGAACCCCCGAUUUAUCCGCAACACCUGCAUCCUGGCCCACGUUGACCAUGGAAAGACCACGCUAGCAGACCACCUCGUCGCCUCCUUCGGCGACGGCCUCCUCCACCCCAGACUCGCCGGCCGCCUCCGCUUUAUGGAUUACCUCGACGAGGAGCAGCGCCGGGCCAUCACCAUGAAGUCCGCCGCCGUGCUUCUCCGCCACGGCAGCGGCCCCACGGCCCACCGAGUCAACCUGAUCGACUCCCCGGGCCACAUCGACUUCUGCUCCGAGGUCUCCUCCGCCGCGCGCCUCUCGGACUCCGCGCUCAUCCUUGUUGAUGCCGUUGAGGGCGUCCAUAUCCAGACCCAUGCCGCGCUUCGCCAGGCCUUCCUUGAGCGCCUUCGCCCCUGCCUCGUCCUCAACAAGCUCGACCGCCUCAUCACCGAGCUCCACCUCACCCCCGCCGAGGCCUAUGCGCGCCUACACCGCAUUCUCUCCGACGUUAACUCCAUCCACUCUGCAUUGCGAUCGCACUCCUACUUCUCUGUCCUCGCGUCCCUCGAAGACCAGCCCUCCUCCUCCAGCUCCUCAUCUUCACAUGACGAUCUCCCAGAGGAUGUUGACGACGACGAGGAGGAUGCCUUCCAGCCCCAAAAGGGCAAUGUCGUCUUCGCUUGUGCUCUGGAUGGCUGGGGCUUCCGUAUACACCAAUUCGCUGACUUGUACGCCACCAAGCUUGGCGCCAACUCCGCUGCUCUGCUGAGAGGAUUUUGGGGCCCAAGAUACUUGGAAAAGAAGGUGGAUGAGAAUGGUAAGAAGACGUUUAUGAUUGUGGGGAAGAAGGCGAUAGAGGGUGUUGACAGGGACCCCAUGUUUGUGGAGUUCGUUCUGAAGCCCCUGUGGAAAUUGUACGAGGGGGUUCUAGGGCAGGACGGUGAGAUAGUUAAGAAGGUCAUUAGCAACUUCAAAUUGAACAUUCCGCAAAGGGAGCUGCAGAACAAGGACCCGAAGGUGGUUUUGCAGGCUGUCAUGAGCCGGUGGCUGCCGCUGGCAGAUGCAGUGAUGGCCAUGAUGGUUGAGUGCACUCCUGAUCCUGUUGUUGCUCAAGGGGUCAGGAUUGCAAGGCUUAUGCCAAAGAGGGAGCUUGCGCCAGAGGAUGCUGCUGGUUGCCCUGAGGUUGUCUUGGAAACAGAUAGGGUGAGGAAAUGUGUGGAGACCUGUGAUGUGAGCGCAGAUGCACCGGUGGUGGUUUAUGUGUCGAAGAUGUUUGCGGUGCCAUAUAAGAUGUUACCAUUGAAGGGGGUGCAUGGGGAGUUGUUAAGCCACCAAGGUGCAACUGAGUCAGAGGAGUGUUUUAUGGCAUUUGCAAGGGUUUUCAGUGGAGUUCUUCGUGCAGGGCAGAAGGUGUUUGUGUUGUCGGCAUUGUAUGAUCCAGUGAAAGGGGAUGCAAUGGCAAUGCAGAAGCAUGUGCAGGAGGUUGAGCUCCACUACUUGUAUGAGAUGUUGGGACAGGGCUUGAGGCCAGUUGACUGUGUGAGUGCGGGGAAUGUGGUCGCGAUACAGGGCCUUGGGCAACACAUAUUGAAGAGCGCCACAUUGUCAUCCACCAAGAAUUGCUGGCCGUUCUCAAGUAUGAUGUUUCAGGUGUCCCCGAUGCUUAAGGUCGCAAUCGAGCCCUCCAACCCGGCAGAUCUGGGUGCCCUUGUUAAAGGGAUUAAGCUUCUGAACCGGGCGGAUCCAUUUGUUGAGUACACUGUUUCACAUAGGGGUGAACAUAUUCUUGCUGCAGCUGGGGAGAUUCAUUUGGAGCGGUGCAAGAAGGAUUUGGAGGAGAGGUUCGCAAAGGUCAAGUUAGUCGUUUCAGACCCCUUGGUCUCCUUUAAAGAGACGAUUGAAGGAGAAGGUGUUGGCUUAUUGGAUAGCUUGAAGGCUCCGCACACAUUUGUUGAGAGGACUACUCCAAAUGGGAGAUGCACUGUGAGAGUCCAUGCCCUAAGACUUCCCAAUGCUUUGACUAAGGUCCUCCAAGAAAGUGAUCAAUUGCUUGGUCAAAUAAUUGAGGGGAAAACAGCAAAGAGGAAUGUGGUGUUGAACCCACAAAUUUCUCAAGAUGAUGGUGAUUCUGUUGCAAUGCUUAGGCAGCGUAUGAUCAGUGCCAUAGACAGUGAAUUGGAAGCCAUUUCCGAGCAAGUGGAUAAAGAAAAGCUUGAGAAGUAUAGGCAUGCAUGGCUUGGAUACCUCCAAAGGAUCUGGUCCUUGGGUCCUUGGCAGGUUGGCCCAAACUUCCUUCUCUUGCCUGAUGUUAAAUCAGGUGAUAGUGUGAUAACUAUGGAAGAUGGAAGACAAGGUGUCCUUGUGUGUGGUAGAGCACAUUUUUCUGAGAGAUUAGGGUUUGUGAGUGGAUCUGAUGCUGAAGCACUUGACAACAGUAAAUUAUCAACAGAUGCUCCUGAAGCAUUACAUGAAGAAUCUGUGGCACUACGUAACAGCAUUGUUUCAGGAUUUCAGUUUGCCACAAAUGCAGGACCUUUAUGUGAUGAACCUAUGUGGGGUCUGGCAUUUGUCAUUGAGCCUUACAUAUUUGCUGACAACUCUGACGCUGCCCAUCAAUCAGAUCAGUACAACAUCUUUAGUGGGCAAGUAAUAACUGCAGUUAAAGAAGCUUGCCGAGCAGCUGUUCUUCAGAACAACCCAAGGCUUGUUGAAGGUAUGUACUUCUGUGAAUUGACCACGCCGACUGAGCAACUAGGCUCAACUUAUGCAGUUCUUGGUAAGAAGCGAGCGAAGGUUUUGAAAGAAGAGAUGCAAGAGGGAACUUCAGUAUUCACAGUGCAUGCUUACUUGCCUGUUGCUGAGAGCAUUGGAUUUUCUAAUCAGCUCAGGAGCGUAACAUCAGGUGCAGCUAGUGCUCUGCUUGUUCUUAGCCACUGGGAUGUUAUUCCUGAGGACCCAUUUUUUACCCCAAAGUCACAGGAGGAAAUGGAAGAAUUUGGAGAUGGGGCAAGCAUUGGGCCAAACUUGGCCAAGAAACUUAUGAAUACUGUGAGGCGUAGGAAAGGACUGCAUGUUGAAGAGAAAGUUGUGGAACAUGGCACGAAACAACGAACUCUAGCUAAGAAAGUGUAGCUGUAUUUUUGUUGGGAGUAUCAGGUAACACCCCACUUCACAACUUCUGGUGGAAAUGCUGUCUGCUGUCAGACACUGUUCUUUGCAGCUUCUUGUUGCUCGAGGAGCCAACAUUGCUGUACAAAAUGCUGGCAGGUAUGGUUUUGUAUUUUGUUGAAGCUUAAUGUUCAUUUGUGUGAUGCAGCUUGACCAAUUAAUGGUACCUCGUUCAUGGCAUAUAGCCUCUCUUGAAGAAAUUCUAAGUGAUGUCGGAUGGAGCAGAGAGUCCAUACGCUCUCUCCAUUCUCCAUAUUUGCACCUCCCACUUAUGAGUACCAUGACUGUCAAUCGGUGCUAAAUCUUGCAAAGCUGCACUUCUGCUUUUCAUUUUGCCUGUUCAUGUGCAUCAGAGUUGACCUUUCGGAAUCCCGUUUUUACUCUGCAGAAAAACACGUGCUCCGAAGGUGUGGCGUGUAGCAUGUGAAAUCCCUUCAUAGAUAGCAUAUGUGUGUGUUCCACAUUUAGGAAUUAGGAUUGGCAAUCAUGGCGACUGAGGAACAAGUAUGUGGAUUUUGGAAUUUGUGCUACAAGACAACAUCUUCCUUUUGUUUGUCCACAACAGCAGGAAUCUCUUUACGUUGCUGUUGCGGAGCUUAAGGACAUACCGCGCCUCGGCUCUAAAUGUAAGUUUCACCUUCCUGUUGUGGUGCUGAUUCUUGCUUCCUGAGCUUCGAUAUGCAUGUGUUUCGGUGUGCUUCUCACUAAGGAUGGCAGUAAGAUUAAUGCCCAUGCCCGCCCUGCUAGUCCAUUGGUACCAGGGAUAUAAUUAUUUGAGAGAAGGAUUUGCCAUGCCUCCUUAUUAUGCAAAUAGAUAAUAAUAAAAAUUGCAGAUUAGCUAUACUGUACUUCAAUUAUUCUUCUGUUGGAAAUCAUUGGCUCUCCUAUUUCUUCUUCUGAACUGUUCGCAGAGAUGCGACUCAGUUUUCCUUUUUGUUCUUUUUUUACAUAGGAGCUCCUUCAGCUACUACAUUGAACUUUACAAAGCUAUGAAUAUGCUUGCUUGAUGCGGUUUGUUGUGCAGCAUUUGAUUUAGAGGAACCAUGUUCUUCAUUUAUUUGGUGAUGUUGGUAAUAGAUGAACUACAAAGAUUUGUGCAAACGAUGGUCGUUACUCAUUAGUACUUCAGCUGUACAAGCCGACAGAGUAAGUCUAUGUGGUUAUGCUAUGCUUUUAGGAGAUAAACGUUCCAAAUGAAACAUUGGUUCAACAAACGAAAAUUGCUAUAGUGUGUAAUUAAGCUAUGCUGCUACGAGAUAACUGUUUUACUUGGGUUUCAUUAAGACUUAUGAAUUAUGAUUGCCCUCUGAGAAGAAAAGCUCCAGGAAGAAAUAUGAUGGACUGCCAUACUUAUAAUUUCUUCCAUGAAUUAUGCUCCUAUUAUUAUUUGGCCGUCCUCCAGUGCACUAAUUAAACAUCUUUGAUGAUUAAAUCCUGGCAUUUAUAAUUCCUUUCGUAUCCUUUUUUUCGUUCAUAGAAAAAAAUGUUUAGUUCUUUGUUUAGUUUGGAGCUAUAAAGCUACAGUCGCAUUUUAAGUGUACUCCAAAAGCUUUAGGUGGUCCAAUUGAGUGGGCUGUGAAAUCUUAAUUUUGUUCCGAGUUUAUUACCUUGAGUUUGUUUAAAAAACUGUAUUUUUUUUAUCUUAAAGGUCUGGAAAAAGAUAAACAAACAACUCAUUUUACUGCAUCUGAGGAUAGUCACGGUACCUCACCAAGGGCACAACACAGCAAUCAAAUGAGACUUCAGGGAAGAUGUAAAAGUGUAAAACCAGUUGUCAGUAUGAUGCAAUGAACACUGGCAGCAUCCAAAAUCCUAAAUGCAUCAAUAUUAUUUGAUUUGAGUAGGAAAAAAGACAGAAGUGUUGGAUUGAUGUAGUUGGAUGAUAUAUGUGAAACCUUGCUUUAUUGUGUGCUAAAGGCAGUGAUAUGUUUGCGUAAAGUUGAACUCAACUUCUUUGCCCUAUGCCAUCUUACUACUGAUGUUGAAAGAACAAUGAUAUACUGUCGGUUCGUUUGGCUUAUAUCUGGGACAAGGUAAUUCCUGACUAUGCCAUCUUGUAACCAAAUCAGUAGGGCAACGCAAUAUGGCAUGUGGCACGUGAAAUUUCAUUUUAGAAAGUAAAAGCAAGAAGCAUUACGAAAGGAGUCUAGGACUGGUUUCUUCAAGCUUUAUUUAUCAUAUCGGUACACUUCAGUCCAUUUCAAGCAAUCUUCCAACAGUGCACCAUCAGGCAAGUAAAGAUACUGUCAUGUGAACAGUUCGGUCAUGCAUAUACUCAUCAUGUUUUUACUCAGGACAAAACUAGGUCAUCUUAUAUUCAGGAACUGGAGGAGUAUCAUCUUGCCUUAUUUCUUCUACUCCUUUCGUUCCUAAAUACUUCUCGUUGUUUUAGCGCUGUUUAUACUAAAACAACGACAAAUAUUUAGGAACGGAGGGAGUAGCAUAAUCAUUUGGCUUGGUCCGGUGGAACAGAUAGUGGACUACAUGAUCUCUAUCAAGACAAACUACAGGACGAUCCUUGGCGGAAGUUCUAGUGAGCAAUCCGUGUGCCAAUAAUAGUACAAUUUCUCGCUGGGGUUUAAUCCACACCCCUUUCCUUCUUCUUUUGUUAGGUUAGCUUAGGGCAUUUUUGUUUGUCGGUUGUGGUCGCCCCACCGUUAUUGGUUUGUACAUUCUGCCGCUCUUCGAACCACAGCGCUGCACUGUGUAAAUUGGAGGAUUAUGACUGUUGAGUUUUUUUUUUGGAUGA